CCGAACAAAAUUAAAAGCUGCUAGGAUGGCGGAGCUCAUCGUCAGCAUUCAAGCGUAUUGUAAAAUACUGUUACACGCUGUAAAACAUCCAAAUUGUGCUGUAAAUGGAGUAUUGUUGGCCGAAGAUAAUAAAUCAAAAGACCGCAAAGUUUUGAAAUUUGUAGACUGUGUACCUUUGUUUCAUUUAACUUUGAGUCUGUCGCCCAUGCUGGAAGCUGCCCUGUUACAGAUUGAUGCAUACUGUAAAAGCAGGGGAUACAUAAUUGCUGGCUAUUAUCAAGCUAACGAAAACUUACGGGAUAAAGAAUUAAAUAAUGUAGCAAAAACAAUAGGAAGGAGAAUUCAGGAAAAUUGUGCGAAUUCAUAUAUAUUUAUGGUAGAUAAUGAAAGGCUUUUCCCAGACGCUGUCUCUGAGAUGUACAGAAUAUAUUCCCCAAGGGAAGCAUCUUGGAAGGAAGAAGAAAAAUUGGAAACAGUUACCGAGGAGACUCUGAGAGUGGCCUCCAUGUUGUUGUCAUCACAGACUUUCAGGGAGGUGGAUGUGGUGGACUUUGACUAUCAUUUCAAUGACAUCACUCGGGAUUGGAGAAACCUCCCCAUCAAUGACUUGCUGCAGAAAUGUACUUGAUGAUGGCUGUGCCUAGCAUUUAUCUGUAGGAAACGAACAAAUGAAAGUACAAACCAAAUAUAAAGGGACUUGCCUGCUUUUGGCAUAGAUGGUGCAAGAACUUUGUUCCAGGACUAGCUGGAGUUGUCAGUGACUUUUCUUUAAUGUGUCCAAAGAGUUGUGGAGUGACUACUGCCAAGAUUUACCUACAGGGAAAUAGACAGAGCGGUUGUAAUGUAGAAGAAAGCAUCUCACCAAUAUUUUGGCUUCCUAACUACAAAUUAAUAACUACAAGUUUACUACUUGUAUAUAUAUUGAAUAUUCAGUCUCGGACUUCUUAGAGCCAGCAUGUUGAGGGGCAUUUUUUGGUUCAAUUUUAUUAAUUAAGGUGCUUGACUGUCUUAUAUGAUUGUCUUUGAAUGUACUCUGAACUGUAUUUAAUUAAGUUUUGGUUGCAAGGGAAUGGAAGGAAAAUCAUGCUCUGUAAUAAUAAUUAUGUAAUGUUAAAUGUGCUUGUAAACAAGUUAAUAGGUAAAUGUGUGGAAUGUGUGUGAUAAAUGGGGACAUUUGAUUGUGGAGGUCUCAUUACAUGCAUAUGAAUAUUUAUCAUCAGCUGCAAUUUAAUAUAAAAAAAAACAAGUUGUAACAUCUAUAGAUUAUGUGUAUGGAAACUAAGAGAGACUAUCGUAGUCAGUUUUAAUUUGUACAACAAAAAAUUAUUGAUGUCUUUCAUAACUUUGAAAAGUAAUGUAAACUCAUGUUCGGUGUCUCUUGUAUACCUUGUGAAUUUUUUCAUUUUGUAAAGGUACUUAUUCAUUAUUGUUGAUCAUCAUAAAACAUUUUGUUACACAAUUAGUAAACUAAACAUCAAAGAAUACCACCAUUUAUUUCCCUGCAAUAUAGAAUGUACUGUUCAGUCCUAUCUCCUCAAAUGAAAAACAAUUUUUUU